AUGGCGGGGCGCACGUACGAUUCAAAUUUUUCGAUUGUCAACGCCAUCAGGCAGUCUGGGAGACCUAUGAAUCAAAAUGCUAUCCCGGAAAUGAUCGACUGGUUUAGGAAAGUUGGAUACGAGCCAUCAGAUCUCAAUCGCCUCAACCUAGUUCAUAUCGCCGGCACAAAAGGCAAGGGCUCGACGUCCGCCUUCGUCUCGUCGAUUCUCUCGCAGUACCUUCCCGUGGCGGAAAGCUCCUCAGCCGCCGUUCACAAAGUCGGACUUUAUACUUCGCCACAUUUACGUUUUGCUCGUGAGAGGAUAAAGAUAAAUAAUGAGCCAUUGUCCGAGGACCAAUUUGCCCGCUACUUCUUCGAGGUAUGGGAUCGUCUGGAAGAAUCUGCCAAGGCGGCCGGGGAAGAUCCUCAGGUGAAACCGGUUUACUUCCGGUACCUUACUCUUAUGGCAUUCCACGCCUAUAUCAGUGAAGGCGUCGAUGCAGCCGUGAUUGAGUGUGGUAUUGGAGGCGAGUAUGACUCGACAAACAUCAUCGUGCAACCGACAGUCUGUGGUAUAACCAGCCUUGGCAUUGAUCACGUCGCAUUAUUGGGGUCUACCAUCGAGGAAAUAGCAUGGCAUAAAGGCGGUAUUAUCAAAGCAGGAGCGAAGACUUUCACGGGCCCACAACCUGAAGGCGCAUUGGAGGUUCUGCGCAAAAGGGCUGAGGAGAAGGGCACGGAACUGAUUGUUGCUCAGGGACAGCCUGAAUUGGAGAAAGGGAGCAGCUCAUUGAAGCUGGGUUUGGACGGUGAUUUCCAAUAUACGAAUGCGAAUAUAGCAGUUGGCGUUGCGGGCGAGUUUCUGCGACGCCGUGGGGUGGAGGAUAUCCCUGCUGAUAUAUUUACCGCAUCACUGCCCGAAAAAUUUCGAGCCGGCUUAGAGAAGACCAGGUUAGGUGGCAGAUGUGAAACACGUCAGGAAAGGACGGUCUCUUGGUAUAUCGACGGUGGUCAUACACUCGAAAGCAUACGCGUUGCCGGGGAAUGGUUUGCUUCAAAGCUGGUUGGUGAUGCUGAGAGUAAGCAACCCCGCGUCCUGAUUUUCAACCAGCAGACUCGCGACAGCGGAGCGCUGGCACGAGCCCUAUAUCAGACUCUAGCCGAAGCCCUUGGGUCGGUGCAGCCUUUUACACAUGCUGUAUUCUGCACUAAUGUCACAUACAAGAGUGCUGGAUACCGACCUGAUCUCAUCAGUAUAAAUACCAAUGCCUCGGAGGUAGAGAAGCUUAGCGUACAAAACUCACUUGCCAAAUCCUGGCAGGAGAUUGACCCGAAAUCGCAUAUAUCGGUCUUUUCUACAAUUGAGGAAGCCGUGGAUUUCGUGCGUGAACUUUCGAAACAAGUCUCCGGUGAGGUUCCUGUCAAGGCCAUGGUGACUGGCAGUCUACAUCUUGUGGGCGGUUUCCUCGAUGUUGUCGAGACUAAGCCUGGACAGCCUGCAGCGUGA